AAAUACUGCAUUUACAAAAAGAACCAGCAGUGUCCUUUUGAAAUGAAAAGGGGCUUUGUCUAUUGGGAUGAUUUAGAUGGCGAGAAGAACUCCAAUGAUAAAGAUGGGACGCUUCCAAAUGGCACAUACGGCCGCAACACAAGAAUUGAGUUUUGUUGUAGAACAGACGGAAACAAAGAUAAUCCUAUCCUCCUACCGUCUGAGAGACCAUUUUUUCUUCUUGCGUACGAGUCGCACAAGUGUCAGAUGGUAAAGUGGGCGACAGCGAGCCCUGAGUGGAUAUAUUACGAUACAGAGGAAGAACGAAACGCAGAUGACCGCGGCGGGGCAUUUCCCUACCACGCUGGUGUAAAGCAUCCAACUAUAUAUUACUGUUAUUAUCAGGGUAAGUUAAUCGUUGACGGAGGGGGAAGGGGGGGUUUACUCCCCUAUAUGAGGUCCAUAGGUAUGGCCGCCCGAUAGUGUAUGGUUUCUGAGGGUCUCCAUCCUAAGAUAGGGUAUAAUUUUUGCCCUUUUUGGCGCUGUGUUCUCGUAUGAUCUUUAGACAGGGUACCGUUAUUAUAUCAGCUAAAAGAGAGUAAAUGCCUUGGUGCACGACGAAUAAAUCAUCUGUGAAAACUAAACUUUACGUUAGAGUAUUAGGAAAGUGAUUUAUGGAAGAUUUGCAUGUUACCAUUAUUUAUUUAGUUUUUGUCUUUCCCUUGAUUUGCGUCUUAUUUUCCAGGUUUGGGUCUCACAUAGGGUAUCAGUUAUCGUUUGUCUUAUGAUUAAAUAAGGGUCAGGGUUUAAGACCCUGGGCGGUACACACCUGUUCGAAAUUUAUGGGAACACCCCUGGUGUAAAUCUCGUUUCUACUACUAAUAAACCUCAAAUCGUAAAUAUGUCAUUACCGAUAACCCUCGCGGCUUUUCAGGGAAUUUACAACAAUGGUUGGGGCACGUUUGCCAAACUGUUUGUGUAGAAGUUUACAGUCAAUGAAGGAAUGAGUUAUGAAUGCCCCUUACUCGCUACGAGUGUAAAAUUUGGAUACAUCACCGGGGACUACGACCCCUGCUUCUUACUGAGAAACAGCGACAACAAUGUGUGAUUGGAAAACCGUCAUUACCGAUGAUAUUUAUCUUAAAUAUAACAUUUUGCACUUGACGCGUGUGCGUGGGUAGCCUGUGCAUGUUAAGCGUACAUUUAUCUUUCAGGUUGUAACAAGACUCUUACUGGAUUGAACGGCACUUUUCUCUCACCAAACUAUCCAAACAAAUACCCGGAUGGACAAUACUGCUCCUGGAGGAUCACAGUCAGCCCAGCCCAACAAAUCCACUUAACUUUCACAGACUUCAAUCUGCAAAACGAAAAUAACACGGACGUUUUAUAUGUGUUUGAUGGAGAAAAUUCCACAGGGGAGGUGCUGGGAGUAUUUUACGGAAGUUACUCUCCCCCAAAAGAAGGAACAAACUCUUCUUCAAACCACAUGUUCAUAAUAUUCAAGUCAGACAAUAAUGGCUCCUACACCGGCUUCAAUGCCUCUUACAGUGCUGUCAAUUAUUCAGGUAAUGAUCAUGUACCUCUU